UUAAAUGUCAUUUUUUCUAUAUAAUAUUAAAUUUAUUUGCAUAAUUUCAUGAAUAACAUAUUAAAAAUAAUAAAAACACGAGUUCAUACUCACUUUUCUUAACCUCUGGUGCAUUUGUCACAAUUCAAUAAUCAUAGUAAUAUUUUUGUUUUGAAAUCUAAGUUGUUUGGUGUUACGAUGGAAGACGACGACGUACCGACGCUAUCCUCCGAAACAUUCGCUGCCUUACAAGAAUUUUAUGCAGAACAACGGAAAAGGCAAGAAAUCCUUGAAAGUUUGGAGUCGAAACAACAGCUCACCGAAAAUAUUAUAUUUGAAGAAAAUUGGCAACUAAGUCAAUUCUGGUAUAAUGAGAGCACAGUACAGGCCCUAGUGAAAGUUGUAGAUAAGAGCUUGCGAGACGGUGAUAAGGUAGCUCUUAUAUCUUGCCCAACUCUAUUUGUACCCGUCAAGAGACAAUUAGAAAACAGAGCAAGAGUUAAUUUGCUUGAAUAUGACCGACGAUUUGAAGUACAUGGAAUAGAUUUUAUUUUCUAUGACUACAAUGAACCAAUGAAAUUACCUUCAGACUUAGGACAUUCCUUUGAUCUUGUGGUAGCUGAUCCACCAUUUCUGUCUGAAGAGUGCAUCACAAAGACAUCGGAGACUAUCAAGCAUUUAGCUAAGGAUAAAGUUAUUGUAUGUACAGGUGCUAUCAUGAAAGAACAUGUAGAAAAGUUACUAAAUUUAAAACAAUGUACAUUCCAGCCUCAGCAUCGGAACAACUUAGCUAAUGAAUUUUCUUGCUAUGCUAAUUUUGAUUUGGAUGAUGUUUUAAGAUGAAUGUUUGGUGAUAUUGUAAUGUUUACUGUAUAUAUGAAAAUUUUUAUUUAAGAUUCCGAUAAGAAUCAACUAUGCCUGUCAAUCAUAUGAUAUGAUUUGUAUUUAUGAUUUACAAAUUAGUGUAAUGAUAAAUAGAUAUUUUUUAAGCACAAUUUGUUCUUAAUUUAUGACAACAACAUACCCAAAGGCAUUCUUCAGAUUCUUCUCUUCUUCAGAAUCUACUCUGACUGGUCGGAAUUUAACAUUUACUUGACUGAAGAAUAUUUUUUGAUUAAAUUAAUAAUUUUUUUUCACAGAUGUCAAUACUUUUGAAUCAUCAAGUAUAUGGUGUUGCCAUAUUAUGUUAAAAAUAUUAAUGUAUGAAUUUCUUUUUACAUAUGUUAGAUUUGUGAUGAUAAAAAAAAUGAAAUGCAUUUUUAUUAAAAAUCAUCAAUUUAUUGUUCUUAACAAAAUUAUUAAUUUACUUUGUCGUAUUAUGCUGGUUAACAUUUCGAAUAUCAAUCAAACAUUAAAAUUUCAUUUGCAACAUUUAUCUAAAUCUAUAUAA